AGACACAGUUUUAACUUCCUCGCAGGCGAACGGCUAGCUAGCUAGCUCACGAGUUGUUUUCAAACAAUGGCAACCUCUAAGAAGGGGAAGAAAGUUGUAAAUCAAGAAGAACUGCGGCGCUUGAUGAGAGAAAAACAAAGACAAACUACAGACAAGAAGCGCGUCGAGUCUCCUUUCGCUAAAUACAACAGUCUCGGGCACCUCAGCUGUGUGCUGUGCGGUGUGCAGGUGAAGUCCGAGCUGCUGUGGCCGGCUCAUGUCCUCGGAAAACAGCACAAAGAGAAGGUUGCCGAGCUGAAGGGGGCGAAAAGUCAACCGGUGACCCCACAGAACCAGCCAGCCAAGAGGAAAGCACCGGACAGCGAGGACUUAAACGGGAAAAAGGCGAAACCAGCGCCCGGUACAGGCCAGUCUGCGUCAGGGCUGCCGGGAGAUUUCUUUGAGAGACCCAACGACAGGGGGGCUGUUUCCACUCAUAAAUCUGCAGGUUUGAGUCUCUUGGCUGGAGUCUAUGAUGAUAAUGAUGAUGAAGCUGAUGAUGAGGCAGGAACCACAAACCCGCCUCCUGAGAAGACUGAAGCUGCAGGACUACCCGCUGAUUUCUUUGACAGCUCCAUCCCACCCACACCCGCCGUCUCCCACUCUGGAUCCAUCCUCAAAGCAGAUACACAGGAGAAGAGUGCAGAAAAGAAGGACAACACGGCCGAGGCGCUGCCGGAGGGCUUCUUCGACGAUCCAAUCAGAGAUUGCAAAGUGCGCAACGUCGAUGCACCAAAAGAUCAAAUGGAUAAGGAGUGGGAAGAAUUUCAGAAGGAGAUACGGCAGGUAAACACGAAAUCAGAGGCCAUCGUGGCUGAGGACGACGAGGAGGGCCGCCUUGAACGUCAGAUCGACGAAAUCGAUGAACAGAUUGAGUGUUACAAGAGGGUCGAGCUGUUGAGAGACAAGCGCGAUGUGGUGAAAAGCAAGCCUCUGUUGAGGAGGGAGGAACAAAUGGAGACUGAUGGCAGCAUUGAGGAAGAAGAGGAGGAUGAGGAGGAGCUGCUGGGGCUCUUAUCCCGGGACUGGAGGGCUAAAGGGGCUCUGGCAUAAAUUUCUGAGAGAUGUUCUUGUCCAGAAAGCAUCUAAGAGAGGUGUUUGUUUGUACAAGUAUGUCAGAAAUAUGUAAAUAUACUUUGUUAAAAGAUCCUCAUUGCAUAAUUUUGUAUAUUUCAAACUGGAUUAAAUAUGAUGAGGUGAUGUGCAACAUUGUAGUGAAUUUAAAACUAACAUCAGAGGACAAGGCUGCACACUCCAUGUAUUAAAACACCAGACCACAACUUAAACCUUUAA